GCGAGGGCCACGCCGCCGCCGACGCGCCAAUGUGCCUCGCCGUCGUGCCGUGGGCGCCGCUGCCGCUCGGGGCGGACGAGUUGGAGGGGUAUCUGGCGAGGGUGGAGGAGACGGCCGGGCCGGAGGCGUGGGGGCGGGUUAGGGGGUUUAGGUAUCUUUUGCAGGAUAAGCCUUUGGGUGUGGGGCUUGGGGACGGGUUCGUGGAGGGGUUGAAGGUGCUGGGGAGGAGGGGCUUCGCGUUUGAUGUGGGCGUGGACCAGCACCGGAGGGGGAGGGCACAGUUGGAGGAGUGUGUCGAGAUGAUUGAUCGGGCGCACGAGGGGGUUCCGGAGGAGGAGAAGGUGGUGUUCAUCAUAAACCACCUCUGCAAGCCCGACCUGACCAUUAUCAACUUCACCUCCGACGCGUCCUUCAUCGCCUGGCGGACCGCCAUGUUCACCCUCAGCAAGUGCAGCAAGACCUACAUGAAGCUCAGCGGAGGCCUUGCCGAGCUGCCUGAGAGCCUCAAGAAUCGCUCCGCCGAGGAUAUCUUCGAGGCCAUGUACCCCUGGCUGGCCGUCGUGCUGGCCGCCUUCGGCCCGAGCAGGAUCAUGUUUGGCAGCGACUGGCCCGUCUGCACCGUCGGCGUCGGCGAUGGCGCCUGGGAGAAGUGGAAGAAGAUCGUCGAGCGGACCUGUUAUAUGGCAUCCCUGAGCCACGAGGACCAGGCCAUGAUCUGGGGAGGAACGACCAAGAAGGCGUACGGAAUCAAGGACGACUAAAAAUGGCAGCAGGCCCACAAGUCCAUUCCUUGGUUUGAUCAAGGGGCAAGUGUGAGAAUGGAAUCAAAAUUAACCGGGAUUACAAAAAGACCGCUAUCAUGAUGGAGUUAGGUUGUGUCUCCAUAGAACUUUUAUGGUCUAUACCCUCAAAGUCAACUGCCUCGUUUCCAUUGCAGGGUUUCCUCGGUCACCCGAUACUAAUCUCUAGCUUACAUGCUGUUUAACCAGCCCGUUUGACCCGCCUCAGCCCGAUCUUGAUGUCUCGCCUCGAGGUGCAGCAGCAUCCCAAGCCCGAGUGAAUGGCAAAGGCCAGGAGGGCAAACCCAGAGGCAAGCCACAUGAAAACCAUCAU